AUGUUAGGGUGCAAACCUGCAACUACACCGAUCGACCAGAAGUUCAAGCUAGGUGCUGAGGCCGGAGAACCAGUUGAUCGUGACAGAUACCAGAGGCUGGUGGGAAGAUUGAUCUAUUUGAGUCACACACGUCCUGAUAUCUCUUUUGCAGUGAGCAUGAGUGCCCCCGGGAAGGGACUGAUAUUCAGGAAGAAUGGACAUGUGAACAUCGAGGGUUAUUGCGACUCUGAUUGGGCUAGCUGUGCUGAUGACAGGAGAUCCACCUCAGGAUAUUGUAUCUUUGUAGGAGGCAACUUGGUCUCGUGGAAGAGCAAGAAGCAAUCGGUGGUAGCGAGAUCAACAGCUGAAGCAGAGUAUAGAGCCAUGGCCUUAGGAGUUACAGUGUUGUUGUGGUUAAAGACCAUGCCAGAAAAUGGAAUUGGGUUGUUUCCAGAUGUUGGGUUUGCUUACAUGGCUGCUCAGAGCCCAGGAUCAGGGGCAGUAGUUAUUAUGCCAUUCACGUUUACACUUCUUUUACACAAGUAG